AUAUGUUUUUAGUAUGACAUGGGAGAACCAAACAACAGCUUCUGCUGUAACAGAGUUUUUCAUUGUGGGCUUCCCUGGACUUCAGCCUAAAUUCUACAACCUGAUGGCCACCGUUUUAUUCUGCAUCUACAUGGCUGUGAUUACGGGAAACUGUCUCGUUGUGGUCCUUUUUAUAAUUGAACGCAGCCUUCAUAAGCCAAUGUAUAUUGUCAUGCUGAGUUUGUCUUUGUCUGAUAUUGGUUUUUGCACUGUUGCCUUGCCAAAAUUGAUUUCUCGUUAUUGGGUUAAUGAUGGCUAUAUUGCUUUCUAUGUUUGUAUGUUGCAAAGGCAGCUAAUUCACUACUUUGGUACUCUAAACUCUCUUAUCAUGAUGAUCAUGGCUCUAGAUCGGUACUUGGCAAUCUGUUACCCACUAAGAUACCCAGUUUUAAUGCCUAACCGCACAAUGAGAAUUUUACUAGGGUUGUCAUGGUGUUCUGCAAUGAUUGCCCCAACUGUUAGUUCAGUGCUGACAUUGCAAAUGCCAUUCUGUGGGCCAAAUAUGAUCCUUCAUUGUUUCUGUGACAGCUCCUCUAUGAACCAGCUUGCCUGUGCUAAUAUCACACAUCAGAGCCUUGUGUCCUAUUGUAUAGCAAUGUUUGUUCUUCUUGUACCAUUCUCUUUAAUUCUCAUUUCCUAUGUAAGUAUCCUUGUGUCUGUGCUUCGAAUAGCAAAUGCUCAAGGCCGACUUAAAGCCAUCUCUACCUGUGCAACACAGCUGACUAUCAUUACCCUCUAUUAUUUGCCACGUUUUGUUGUUUACUCCAGCACUAAUAUACCAAAUGUUCCAAUAACAAUAAGUAGUAGUCAGAGAAUCGCCCUUGUCAUGUUCUAUAGUCUUUUACCGCCGCUGGUAAAUCCUUUCAUUUACUGCAUCAGGAUCAAAGAGAUCAGGCAAUUCUUUCUGAAAUGUGUACAGAAACAUUGUGUGCAGAACAAUCAAAGGGGCAAGAGAUUAACUAUUUCUAAAUGAAGUGAACUGUCAAUUAGAUUAUGUUAUGCAUCUUAUUAUGCAACUUAUUUGCUUAUGUAUUGUUAUUAGUUAUUGACAAUAUUUUUAAUUAUUUUCUAUUAUGUAUUGAUAAUAUUGUGGGCUUCAAAAGUAUAGAUCACACUUGUGAAAUGCUUCUAUUUAGGUUUUUUUCUAAUUUAAUAUGUUUUUAAUUACAAAUUAUGCCAUCAGCAUAACAAUUUGGGUGAAAUAUUGAAUUGAAUAAUAAACAUAGAUUAUUUAAUAUGUGCCCCUUUUAUUUCAAUGACAACAUGCACUCAAGCUGGAGUGUGUGUGUGUGUGUGUGUGUGUGUGUGUGUGUGUGUGUGUGUGUGUGUGUGUGUGUGUGUGUGUGUGAGCGUGUAUUUAUCACGUUGUGGGUACCAAAUGUCCCCAUAAGGAUAGUAAAACCCGAAAUUUUUGACCUUGUGGGGACAUUUUGUUGGUCCCCAUGAGGAAAACAGCUUAUAAAUCAUACUAAAUUAUGCUUUUUGAAAAUGUAAAAAUGCAGAAUGUUUUCUGUGAGGUUUAGGUUUAGGGGUAGGGUUAGGUUUAGGGGAUAGAAUAUAAAGUUUGUACAGUAUAAAAACCAUUAUGUCUAUGGAAAGUCCCCAUAAAACAUGGAAACACAACUGAGUGUGUGUGUGUGUGUGUGUGUGUGUGUGUAAGUGAAACCCGAUUUUAUCCCAGCAUUUGAGUGUUCCCAAAAGCAUUGUUUGUGCUACAAUGGAAGCAAGGUAAUCUUUUGUGCAAAGAAGUUUACAUGAUCAAUGUCACAUAUUUGCUUGAUUGAUUUUUUCAGUUUACAUUAUAAGUUUUCUUUGUUUUACAUUUACACAAAUUCUAAAACUGUUUAUUUCCAGGUUUAAAUUAGAUUUUGAA